CGUUGAUAGCAUACGCGUUCUACAAAAAAUAUAUAAAUAGCGUGUAAUAGUUUAUAAUAUAUAAUAAAAUAGGACAAAAUGGCCGCCGAUUAUAAAUGCGUCCGAUUUUACCGCCUGUUGCUUUAAUUGUGGUAUAGUUAUUAUAAUGUGUAAAUAGGUCGUUUACCUGUUGCUUACUACAAACGUACUGUGUAGGCGGCGUAGUAAAUUGAAAAUAUAGACGGUCUAGACUAUUUAUGUAUAGAAGAUUACUAGAUUACAUAAAUCUAACGGUAUUAUGUAACUCUUGUCAUAUAAGUACUUAACUUACCUGUGGAUUUUUAUAGUGUCAACUUACCAGACAAUAUUACCUGUGACGUCACCAACGAAUGCUAUGUUUUGUUGAUAAAUGUCUGACGGUUCGUCGAGACAGACCUUGCCGAUAAUCUCAAAAUGCAAAUCGCACGAAAUGUGGGCAGCUAUGACUAGGUCCAUAGAGAUAUUGGUGGCAUUUUUCGAAUAUUAUGCACAGAGAGCACAGCUCGAGACUACUUCUACGAGCUCUCCCCAAGCAAAGAGUCCAGCUACAAGCAGCGCUGGUGCCGCAGCCAGUGCUUCCACCGCCCAGGGUGAGAGGACUCCGACAGCUCACAACAAACAACUGCAGAAUGUCAAGGGACAGGAUCAUCCGCCGCACCCAUCAAUGGCGUUCCUACAGAACCGGUCCAUCUCGCUGGUGGACAUGUACAUCGAUAAUACCGAACCGUCGGAGAACGUCGGCCAAAUCCACUUCUCUUUGGAAUACGACUUCCAGAAUACCACUCUCAUCCUCAGGAUCAUUCAGGGCAAGGAACUGCCGGCUAAAGAUCUCAGCGGAACCUCGGACCCGUAUGUCCGGGUUACGCUACUCCCGGAUAAAAAACAUCGCCUGGAGACCAAGAUCAAACGCAGAACCCUAAAUCCUCGAUGGAAUGAGACCUUCUAUUUUGAAGGUUUCCCCAUACAGAAGUUACAGAGUCGAGUUUUACAUCUACACGUGUUCGACUACGAUCGCUUCUCUCGGGAUGAUUCUAUCGGGGAGGUAUUCCUGCCUCUAUGUCAGGUGGAUCUCAGCGAGAAGCCUUCUUUCUGGAAAUCUCUGAAGCCCCCAGCAAAGGACAAAUGUGGCGAAUUGCUCACAUCUCUCUGCUAUCAUCCCAGCAACAGCGUUCUUACCCUCACUCUGCUUAAAGCUAGGAACCUGAAGGCCAAGGACAUUAACGGAAAAUCGGAUCCCUACGUCAAGGUCUGGCUGCAGUUUGGUGACAAACGCAUCGAGAAACGUAAGACAGCUGUCUUCAAGUGUACUUUGAACCCGGUUUUCAACGAUUCAUUCUCAUUCAACGUGCCCUGGGAGAAGAUCAGGGAAUGUUCUCUGGACGUUCAGGUCAUGGACUUCGAUAACAUCGGACGUAAUGAACUCAUCGGAAGAAUAUUAUUGGCUGGAAAAAACGGGUCCGGUGCGACAGAGACGAAGCACUGGCAGGAUAUGAUCACGAAGCCACGUCAGACGAUUGUUCAGUGGCACCGCCUGAAGCCGGAAUAACAUGGGUGCCCGUCGGUUGCAAAUCCCUCUUUUGGAGAUAUGUAUAGCUUACAAUAUAACAGAGAAUAUAAAUUUCAAAAGUUUUGGUAAUUAAAAAUUAACAACGGAUCAGAUAUUAAGAGAGAAUUAACAAAACAAUAAUUUAAUUACAGCAAAGAGUUUACAUAAAAUUAUUUUUUCGAUCUAACAAACGAAAUUUAGGCCGUAUACAAUAAAACCUUGAUGAUAUUGGUAAAACAUACAUACAUUGUAUUUUUUAAUCAAAGGGACUUUGGUUUGCACAAAACUAUGUACCGUUAUUUGAGAAAUAAUUUGCAUUAUCUGUUAAGUGAAUUUAGCGUUUUGUCUACGGUGGGCCUUAUAAUAAAUUCAAAACGUCAUAAGACUGAGCGGUUAAAAAAAAAAUUAAAAAAAAUGACAAAAAAUUAUUUCUUCUACGAUAUCUUGUUUCCACAGAUGAUUUUAAAACAUUUUCUUAUCUCAUUCAAUAUCGAUUUUAAAUAGCGUAAACUAUUUUCUCUAUUUAAUAAAUAUUAUUUUUUUAAUAUCAAUUCUACUAAUAUAGUAUAUAACUCAUUUGUUUUAUAGGAAUGAUGUUUUUAAUCUUGUUUUAAAAUCGUCUGUGUUGCUCGGUACCGUCUCUACCUUUCACAAUUUCACUAUUUACUCUCGACAGUGUUUCUCAAAAUUGAAUGCCUGUUUAAUCGAUACUUUGCUAUUAAUAUAUUGAUUUUAAAAAUUAAUUUUGCUUAACAAUUAAUAUAUAUUAUUAUGUGCCAUAAGUUUAUUAACAGCAGACUAUAAUUAACUUUAUAAAUAUUUUUUAUCUUCUUCUUUCUAAAGUUUUGUCUCGACUCAAACCAUUCUGAAGCUCUUUCUAAAAUAUUGACGUUUAUGUAAGAGUUGGUAAUAUCAAUGUUAAAAUUUUUAGUGAAUUAGUUAUAUAUGAAAUAAUUGUUAUAGUGUAGAAAUAUAAUGGUCGUUCAUCGCACAAAAAUGAGUAGAUGAUUAUAGUUGACUCCUGUUAAUUUUAUUUAGCAAAAACUCGUUAGCUCAACAUUGUUAUUUUUUUUAUUUGACAUUUAUAUUGCAACAUGGUAAAAACAACUGCCAAUGAAAACAAUAAAAAUUGUGUCAAAUUCUUAUACCGACAUAGUUUGAAUAGUUGAAUUAAAUUAAAAAAAAAAUCAUGUAAACUUUACAAUAGCUUCUUUUGUAAAUGUUAGUUUGUUUGUGUAUAAAAUAGACCUACGCUUGUUGUUAUAGCUUCGAUCUGUGACGUACUUAGUUCGUAAAAUUUAUAAAGGUUUUAUAGAGGGUAGUACAUUUUGUAAUCUGUGAACCGUUACAAAUAUUUCAAUGAACAAAUACGUACUGUAAUAGUUCAUAGUUACAAAUUAGAUUGUUGUUAUAGAAGUUAGACUGGUCGAUGUUUUCUAGAUACAGAUGUGUAGACAAAUUUUAUAUCUACCCCCAGACCGAGCUUCAGAACCCGAUUUUAGCAAAGCCAAUGUUGAAAUUAGAGGGUACCUUAGUUAUAUAGAUACGAGCCUGGGCAUAGACACUACAGAAAACGUCAAAAUGAACAAACUAUAGAUACAAGUGUCAAUGUCAAAAUUAAAAAGAAAUUUAGAUCUAGGCUCAGAAUUUGUUGUAUAGAAACCUGAUUUGAAAAUUCUGAAUAUAUUUUUUACUCUCGGGUUUUAAUGUAGUCUUAGCGACGAGUUUGUGAGACUAAAGAACGGCUUGUUUCAUUAUUUUUGCUAUGCAUUUUGAUGUUUCAGUUUGAACGCUUAUUUAUAAUAGUGGUAAGCGUUUCACUUAAUUUUAAAGCAUAUCUUCGGUAGUAAAUUUUAAUAUAUAUUAAGUAAAAAGGUCAAUAUGAGAGGAAUUAUUCUAUAAAUGUAUAUAAUUAAUAGAAAUAUUGCAAAAGUGCGUCAUGCAAAAGUUUGGGAAACAGUGGCUAUUUUCAUACUCAUGACGUUUUAAAAGAAAAAAAUAUGUAUCUCCACCUUCCUUACUUCUACCUCGAUUUUUUAAUUUUCUAAUCUUCCAGGCUGUUUUUUUUUUAUAAGUAAUAUAAAAUCAAAAACAAGAACUAAAACAUUCAUAAAUAUAUACUCGAAUCACCUCAAUCGAUAUUGUAGCCAUUGUGAUGUACAAACAUAUCAGUUUUUUUUGUUUGUUACAAAGCACAAAUAUAUUUUGGUGAAAAUAUGAAAUUUGAAUAUUAUUUUCCUAUAUAUUGUUUAUUUUCCGUCACAUUUUAUAUGAAUCACGUAUAAAUACGCUCGCUUUCUACGACGCCAUUUUGUGCGCUUGACAGCUCAAGUUUGUAAUCGAUCGGUGUCUUGUGCAAAUGUUAAAUUAGGAGAAUUGUGAUUUUAACAAUAUAGUACAUUAUUUUAACAUUAAAAAAAAAUAAUGUUUUGAAAUAUAUAAUAUCAUAUUGUUAAGUAUGUGUUUAAAUAUAGACAAUGUUAAUGUAUUUAUAGACUGUUACCAUAAUUGGCUUGUCUAUGGUUAAAGUAGUUUUAUCAAUAGUUUUUGUCGUGUUAAAAUGAAUAAUCUAUUGUUUUUUUAUUUAUUUAUAAAGUGUUACUGUAUUCUGUAUUUAUUAUACUUGUAACAUUCAUUAUUCCCAAAUAAAUUAUUGAGUUAA